CUUAAGACACACACACACACUCUCACACACACACUCUCUCUCACACACACACACACACACACACACACACACACACACACACACACACAUACACACACACACUCAGGGAAAGGAUAGGGAAAGGAAAGAUCCAGGAGUGUAGCAGACUGAAGGGGAAGGGAGGAAGGAAGAGGAAAGGGGCUGAACUAACAAGCCUGAGCGCGACACACACUCUCCCUGACACACACACACACACACACACACUCUGCUUCGGUGUGUGUGCGUCAGAUGGGGAGAGAGCGAGGCAGCAGCAGCAGCCGUGUGAGGAGAAACCAGAUCCGCAGAAACAGCCGACCUCUGCAGGAGCCGCUGGGGCAGCCUGACAGUCCAGACUCCGGGUUUAGAGGAGGCUCUCGCUCCUCCUCUGCUCUGACAGGAGGCUCAUCUCUCCUGCAGGAAAUGUCGCACAGUUUAUCUCCAGGAGCAUCUUUAUGGACCUGUACCUGCUGCUCCAGCCGUCAGCAACACUGCUCUGAGUUUCUGAUCAAAGCCGAGAGGAAAGAUUCUGUUUAUUUAAGAUUUAAAGAGUUCAGAGUCUGAACCUUCCUGAUUUUGGAAGCAACAAAACAAUCCAUACAUCUGCAAAACAUUGCAAGAAGAGAAGAAUUAAUCAACUUUGCAGACUAACUACCCACAAUCCUUUGAAUGAUUUCAGCAGCUGUUUGGGAGUACAAACUCUGCAUCACUUUAGAAAACCGCGGGACCAGCUUGAAAUGUUUCCUUUAUUUGGAUCAUCAUGGAUCUUAAGGAAAAACUUCCCAACAAGCUUUUGACAUAUUUAGUUUGAAGCAGAGUUUGUCCUGUUUCUUGAGCGUCUGAUUACUAGCUCGAAAUUCAAGAUUUUCUUAUUUGUUUUGACAGAGAUAGUUUGACUGCGCUGAUGCUUUGACACCCUUAAAUCAUCACCUGAAGGAAAAGAAAAAGCUUUUGACCACUUAAGGACGCAAAGGAUUACAGACUGUGAAAUGAUAAAACCUCCAGUAAAAGAGGGAGUGAAGUGAAGUCACUGACAGCUUUUCAAACAGUCUAUUAAAUAAGAUUCUAUCAAGCUCAAAGUCUGUGUUGAUCCUGGUUUGGAGGAUUAGUUCAUCACCUAACAUGCAGGACCUUUUCAGAGAAGUCAUUCCGAACUUUGAUGAUGACCAGGACGCUUGUAACCAUCACGUCUUCAAAUAAAAUCAAACAGUUAAAGGACGUACAGGAUGUUUUAUCACUGAUCCUUUACAAAGAGGGACGCCUGCUAAACAACCUGUGAAUCAUCUCUGGAGAAUGAAUGAGCCUACUCUCUAAAUGUAAUCUGUUAGGAUCUUCAGUUCCAUCCAGAAAAUUGGAUUUUAGGAACUAAAGGACACAUUGGAUCGUCUCUCCAGCCUGAAUUUUGUCAAAUGAGACUCACAACGGCUCACACUGCCACUGCUGCAGCUCAAAGACUUCAACUAUCUGCAGUAAAUUUGCAAAAAAAAAAAAAAAAUCAGAAGCAAAGCAUGCCACUGAAGGAGUAGCUGCAGAAUGUGGCUCCUGCUUCACAUUAAAGACUCGACAUGAAGACUUUCUGUUGUGGGAACUUUUGGAAGUUUCUUCUGAAUGACUUUCUGGGACAUUUUCAUCCGAGGUUGACAGCCACGAGAACUUCAGACGCCACGAGGAGGUGACGUGAGGACAAAUCCCAGGGCAGUGGAGUCUGCUGCAAGUGUGUGUGCAAGUAAAAGUGUGUGGCUGUAUCAGAAGCUGGAAACAUUCUCAGAUAUCUGUGUGUGCGUGGCCAGAUGCCACACUGCUCUGCAGACGGGCCCAGACUCCCACAUCCCUCAGUGCGACAGACACUCGGCUGCUUCUGGGCCUGUUGCUCAACAUUUGUUGAAUCGCUGAGAGGAAAAUAAAUCAACCAGUCGGAUAUGAAAAGACAAAAACUCACCAUGAACGAACGACAUCUCCAAAUAUAUCUGGUGGAGAUGCUGCUGAGCCAAACUGAAGAUGGGAGGAGUCGGCUCGGUCUGGAACAUGUUGCAUUGAUUGGAUGAUUACGGGCCUCUCUUCUCCUGGUUUUGUUUUUCAGCACUGAUUUAAUCCAGAAUUAUUUAGGUUUUGCUGCUUUUUGGGGACACGACAGAGCUUUUAUAAGGACCAGUCACGUCCAGGAGAAACACAGAAACCGGCCACGUUGACACGUUGAUGUUUUUUUUAUUCCGCCUUUGAUUCCUGAUUUUCACCUUAACAACAUGGCAGAAAUGAAGGAAAGAAAACCUUGUUUCUAAUGGGCAUCACUCGAUACGCUGAUGAUAUAGUUCUUUAUAUUUUUAACACAGUUACUUCAGUAAACAUGAGAAUUAAAAGAAAAACAUACUAGGAAAAUGAGAACAAUAAAUCAUGAACUAUCAGAAUAAGAGUCUAUAUUUAUUCUCUCCAUCCUUUUCUGAAGACAAAUAAGACGUUUUCUUGGGACUAUAUUUUCAGUUUUGUCCGUGCAAAAUCGUAUUGGUACCCCAAACUGAAAAUUGGUGUCUCUGAAACUUUAGUCUGACAAUUUUUAAAGCAAAUAUUCAGAGGAGCACAGGAGGAGUGUGUGCCACCACCAUGCUCCCUGGAGGACUGCUUUCCGGUGGAGGGGGCCGUGGCGGCGGUCUUUGCCUGCUCAGGUGGCUGGGAGUCAGGCUGUGGUCACGCCGGGGGACCCUGGUGUUUGCUCUGCUCUGGUUCGGCUCCUGGUUGUUCCUGAACGGCUUGGUUCUUGUGCACAGGAGCAUCUUAUCUGACUACUGCACCGAUGAUAAGAGCAAGAGGAUCCUGCAGAGACUGUGUCUGGAGUUUGGCGAGGGCUCAGUUACAGGUGACAUGUGUGAGGAUCUGUGCGUGCUCGGCCUAGUUGAGUACAAACGCUGCCUCUACUACGAGAACGGGAAGAAGGUGAUUGAGGCGCGAUGGCGAGGAAAUCCCAUCAUCCUCAAGUCCAAACUGGAGAAUUUCUCCUCCUACGAACCACUGGGAAUACUGGACUACCAGGACACUGCAGAGGAGCUCUCCCCUCUUGACGUGGUUUUCUACGCUACCAUGGAAGUAAGAAACUCUCUGGGGCUGGCUGAGGAGGUCGAGGAUGAAGAGGGAGGAGGAGGAGGGGGGAGUAACAGCUCUCUGGCCAGACUUUGGGGUCAGAAGAUGAAAAACAGAGAUAAGAGUUACUCGAGAGCAGAGCUGGCCUCCCUCUGGUCCCUGCUGCAGCAAGAAGAGUACACCUUUCUCAGAGUACUGCAGGACCUCAGCACCCAUGUGGCCAAAGUGUUGGGCUCCUGCGGUCAUUUCUACGCUGUGGAGUACCUGUCUGCUGGACACGCGUGGGACCAGAACAUCUUCUCCCUUGACGACGUGGCUGUCUCUGGGCUGCAGGGUCAGGGCCGAGCCGGGGCCGCGGGAGGGGCCAGGGGGAGGUGGACCACCAGGGAGAUGGUGCAUCGAAUUGCUCUGAGUUUCCUGGACAUGGUGUGGCACUUUGACAACGACUUCACCCACAAACUGCACCUUUGUGACAUCAAGCCAGAGAACUUUGCCAUCAGGAAGGACCUUACGGUGGUGGCGAUCGACGUGGACAUGGCGUUCUUUGAGCCCAAGAUGAGGGACAUCCUGGACCAGAACUGCAGCAGCGACGACGACUGUAACUUCUUCGACUGUUCGUCCCGGUGUAACCUGAACAAACGCAGGUGCAGCCCCCGCCGCCGGAACAGCAACCUGCAGGUGAUCUGUGAGAAGAUCUUCAGGCCGUGGUUUUCUCCCACGCUGCUUGGGGCCAAAGCAGGGCUCCCUCUGCAGGUGGAGCUGCAGCGAGCGGUGCAGGAGUGUUCAGAAACAGAAGGCGGUGGGGACGACAAAGAGGAGGAUGGGGGAAGAGGAGGAGGAGGAGGAGGAGGAGGAGAGGCAGAGAAAGGUGGAGGUGUCCAUCAGCGUCUCCUCAACAUCCUGAAUCGCCUCCUCCAGGAAGGAGCAGCUUCAGGGGAGAGAGGAGCAUCCUGGGAGGGGAAAGGUCACGUCCACACAGCUCUGAACUUCUAAUUUAAGUACUAUGAAGACAGUGUCCUAGGAAGGGCCCUACAGAGAAGAACAAACCUUUGCAGAAGGAGUUACGGUUUAAAAAAAACUUAAUAAGGGUCUUCUUGGGCGUGUUUUCCUCCAGAUGUUUGUAGAACGCAGACUGCUUCAUCAUUGAAACCAAUGAUGUAAAGAAAAGAAAAUAAUUGUUUACAUGCUUGCUGAAGGGAAUGAGUCAGUCCUGUGGAUGAUUUUGGUGAAGAGACACAGUUUAAGCCAGCAAAGUGAGAGAAUCAGAAUCCAUAUCUACAAGGAGUAUGAUUUCUAACAAAUAUGGACAAUUUCUGAGACAUCAUUUUGAUAACAUCUGGUUAAAUGUGAACUAGAUUAUAGACUCUAAGAACAAAGAGGGUGGACUCCCCUCUGAAGACACUUUUUAGAUUGAAGAACUUGUCUGGCCUGCACUGAUCCAACAUUAAAAUGCCCCGACACCUUUGGGAGGAACUGGACUGCGAGGCAGACCUCCAAGAUUUUGUGUCCUAGUUUCCGUUUUUUGCAGAGGCAAAAACUUGGAUUUCAUGUGAGCAAGUUUCUUGAUGUAAAUAUUGAAAAUGUUGUGAUGCUGCAGAGACAUCACUUUUGAUUUUGACGCUGAAUCUUGGAUUUUAGGACUGAAGUUCUGAGUGAGAGAGCUCAGCGAUGCCUUAUUUGUCUUCUCAUUAGAGGAGUUUAAUUUGGAUCCAGUGAACAAGGAUCCUCUCUAAUUAUUCCUAAUGUUAUCAAUCCUACUAGUCUCAGUGAGAUUGAAAAAUGUAGUGUAAAUACUAAAGUACCAAUGGGUUUAGUUUAAAGGUCAAUUGAAUGUCUUAGCGAGUCUUUAGGCUUUUAGGACAGGAUUUCAUUUUUUUGUUUGUUUGUUUUGUUUUGUCAUUUUAACAUUUGAUAGUGAUGCAGUGUUGAUUAAUCCCAAACUUUAGAUUCAAAUGUGAUGAAAAGGAUGUUGAGCAAAAAUAAAUCCAAAUUUAAAAAUGUAGCUGGUAAAACAACAAAGCAACUCAAAGCAAUACAAAUCCCAAAAAUAUUUUUUGGAGUCACUGUUGAUAUUUAAGCUUCCAUGAUGCUUCUUCAAUAAGGAAAGCAGGUUGACCUAACCCAAGACCUGACUUUCCAACUACUUCUGUUAAAGUUCUUCCAUAAAACAGAAGAAUCAAACUUUGGACACAACCUUAUUGGUGGUGAUGCUUACAUAUUUUAACAAAAUGAUUUUUUUAGUGCUACAAACACCUCACAUUACAUAACAAGUAGAAUAAAAGGUCUCAAAAUUUAAAUCAAUGCAGAAGUGCCUUGAAUGAACAUUUUUACAAAUGGCAUACAGCAUCUAACUGUAUGGCGCCCGACAUGGGCUUCAAAACUCUGGUUCAGAAACUAAUCAGUGACAUCGCUGAUACUAAGUCCAUGAUAAGUCCAGUAAUUCAGUUUGAAUUUUACAGGACUUGAUCAGGGUUUUCAACGAUUUGUUCAUCUGAAGCACUUAUUCUAAACCCUCCAUAUGUUGUAUCAGUCUCAGUCUAAGUUGAAACUUUAGUUUUUUAACAUUUGUGAGUGACUGAGCAGCUUCAAACUAAGCAUCAUCAAUGAGUUUAGACGUGAGAACACUCUCAACUCUUUUCCUCAGUUUUCAAUGUGUCUAUUCACAGACGGGCCUUUUAGAGAAGAUAUUUAACUACUUAAUCUUUCCAGGAUUAAGUCUGAAAACAGUAGACAACUACACACUUCAGGAAGUUUAUUUAUAGAUUUCUGUGUAUUUUAUUAUUUUCUUCGUUUUGUCUUUUAGCACUUUUUGAGGUGUGUUCCUUGCCGUCAUUGUCUUAUAUCAUCUAUUUUGUUGUGUUGUUGUGAAAUGUGAAAAACAAUAAAACGUUGGUCAUAACAGAA